AUGUCCGGUGUUAAGUUGAAGACGAUUGGCGCCGGCGUACACAAAUCCUGCUCAGCCUGUCCGCUGUGGGCGCUGGCGGAGCUGCACGCGCUCGGCAGCCUGCCCGCCGCCGUGUUCUGCGCGCUGCUGCAGCACAUCGGGCACGAGCUGCCUGAAGAUGGAAUCAUGGAUAUAUUAAAGGACACUAGUUUAUCGUCUCGCGAGGAAUCCGCCAGAGCUGCAGCUACCAUUCGCUGGGUGUUGCGGCAAACCUGGCGCGGCGGCUGCCCCGGCUCCCAACUAACUCGUGAUCUCCUGGUACUCGGUCUGCCGAGGACACACGCGUCAGCGCUGGCUGAAGCGGCAGACAAUGGCAGGGAGGCGUAUGAGGCUAAAAUACAGACUAGCGGAUUCAUGGUCAACAGGCUGACAGACGUAACCACGAGCCCUGGACCCGAAGGAACAGUGGACACAAUAAAGCUAUCGCUACACUCGGAAGAUGUCACUGGUGAACGCGCGCAGGACACCUUGCUGGUUCACAAAUCGCAGGUGACGACCCUGCUUAAGGAAUUGAAGCAGGCGUAUCAGAAAAUGGAAGACUUGGAUUGUGUGGAAUAGACGCUUUAGUUAAUUAUACGUAUGUGUAAAUAAGUAAUUAAAAAAUUAAAAUUAAGCUACACAACUUUGGGAACAAAUCCAAUAGGCCUACCUAUAUAUACCUACCUAAUACCUUCUGAGGUGUUUCCCUUGCGCUAUGACAUGGGGUUCUUCAAGAAGUAGCUAGGUAUUUAGGGUUCUCAAAGGUUGGCAACGCAUAAGUGGCUCCUCUGAUGUUGCCUAAUGUCCAUGGGCGGCGAUGACUGCUUCCCAUCAGGCGGCUCGUCUGCUCGUUUGCUUCCUAUUACAUUAAAA